AUGGUAGACGUUCCGCGGCUGUCUGCCACCACACACGCUUUCCGUGCCCUUUGGCUGGCCGUCGGCACUGCGGCCCUCGUGUGGCGGCGGGGCGCCAACGCCCUGGUGCAGGAAGCAUGGGAUGUGUUGCGGGCGAGCGCCAUCGUGCGGCACGACAGUUUUGAGCCGGGCGUGGUGGUCGUGGCCUUUCUGUUCUGCCUCGUGUUCUGGAAGGCGAUGGACUGCUGGCUGCCGGAGGGGUGGACGCGGCCCUGGAGGCUGCAGGACUCGGCGGACUUGGGGUCGUGGAAGAUUGAGAAAAGGGGCUUCAGGCUGCUGCAGGAGCCCGCCUGGUAUUUCGCCCCACUCUUGGUAUUCGACUAUCUCUUCCCAAGGCGCAAACUGCCAGCAUCAGCUCCAUCCGUUGAGCAACUCGUGGUGGAGGUGCUAGCAGCACUGGUUGUGUACGACCUGCUGUUUUUCUUUGUCCAUGUGAUAUGUCACAAGGUAGGCGGGGCGUCAGCCGAGAGAUCGAAGGCCUUUGGUUUUGGCGCAAAGGAGAACAUGUUGUGUUAUGAAUGCCUGCUGUAUCCGCCGCAUGGGUUCCUUGUUUAUACCGCAAUGUACAUGCCAAGCACCACAGCAGAAGAGUUGUGCGUGCCAUAG